AUGUUAAGUGGGCGGAUCCCUGACAACAGUGGCUAUAAUCCAGGCAGUAUUGAGCUGGUGACGAGUCUCCUGGAAGUUCAGACUCCUGGUGUGAAUAUUGUUUUGAGACCUAACAUAGCAAGAGUUAGAAUUUAUGAUGAUGAAGAGGUUUCAUCAAAGCCGUUGGGCUUCCUGACACCAACGUUCUCUCGCUUCCUACCAGCCGCUGACAGUGCAAUAUCAUCUGUAUUAACCAGCACUGCCUUCCCUUUUGGAGCUGGUACGAUAUCAACGGUCUAUAUUGCAACAAAUGGAUACAUAGCAAUGGGUCAGGAUUCUCCACCCAGUACUACUGCUAUUCCAGCUAUCCCUGGAGAUGUAAGCGUCUUAGCUCCGUAUGGGUCUGACAUUGACAUAACUCUGGGAGGCAGUGUCCACUUCACUAAUUUUAUAUCCAGCAGUGCAGAAAUCAGUAGCUUAGUACGAUCCCAGACCAGCAACUCUUUCAUUGGUGAGAGAUUACUUGUUGCAGAAUGGAGACUUGUUCCUAGACGUGACGGAGAUCCGAGUGUGACGAAUUCGUUUCAAGCCAUCAUUAUCACCGACAAUAUCGCCACAUAUGCUGUGUUCAUCUAUGAGUGUGGAGGGAUGGAGUGGGGUGGAGGGGUGAUAGGCUGGCAAGCCAGAGACUACAAGUAUGAAAGUCACAAUUUUACUGAGGAAUCCCACUCGAAUGAAAUUGGAUGCCUCGGCUUUUCAAACUACUCUUCUCUUGUGUAUAGAAUAUCUCACCCCGUCUGUGACAGUACCAGUUUCUUGUGCGAGGAUUCUCUUCGCUGUAUUGCCACUGACUCCCUGUGCGAUGAUGGCAUUGGGGAUUGCGAGGACGGCAGCGAUGAAGAUGACUGUGUAGAUCAAGCUCCAACGACAAUCUCCAGCUGCGUUGAUAAGUUUUUAUGCUUGGACUCGCUCCGCUGUAUUGCCACUGAGUCUGUGUGUGAUGGGGCCAGUGACUGUUUGGACGCAAGUGAUGAGAGUCGCUGCAACUCAACUGGAACGGCAAGUGGCGGUGUGAAUGCUGUCGGAGCAGCCGUAGCGUCGUCAGUGGCCUUUAUUAUUGUGGUCGUGUGUGUCGGAUUUUGUUCCCUUCCGUGUAUUUGUGAAAAAUGCGAUAAGAUGAAGGCUGCUAGACGCUCAACUGCGAUAACAGCAACAGCAACAGCAACAACAAGAACAACAACCCCAAGGAUACCAAACACUUCCUUUAGACAUGUAGAAGCUUUAGAAAAUUUUGAUGAAACUUCCUUCAGCCUGCCACCUCCUCCACAUCGCCCCAAACCUGUCGAAGUCCAGCCACCUCAGCCUGCCCAACCUGACUAUGAUGUCGCAUGUGGUGCAGCCUAUUCCACCUUUCCAAAACAAGCCUCUGUGAUCAAGGGUUAUUCAUAUCCUGUUUCAACUGCUCAGCCCCGGCCAAGCGCACCUCCACCCUCCGAACUCAAGAAUCUUCCCCCAUCGGAACCGCCACCUCUUUAUAACCCUUUUUAGACAAUACACUCGGAUACUGUCCUGAAAGUCAUCCACUCUCAUUUUUAUAUUGUGGUGAUUUUUAGUCAUUCGUGUCUAUCAGAGAGUCGGU